CAAAAGGUUUGCAGUCUAGUGCCACUCACUCUCAAGAUAUCAGAACUUUUUAUAUAGCUGAUUUUGUGUUAUCUCAGCAUCUCUGACAGUCUCUACAGGACACACAAUAUACAGAAGCAUGGUGGGAAAGUCCUCCUUCAUGAACAGAUAUGUGAAUCAGCGCUUCACCAACAUGUACCGGGCCACCAUAGGGACCGACUUCCUCUCCAGAACAGUCACCUUAGAGGGGGACACAGUCACCCUGCAGAUCUGGGACACGGCGGGCACAGAGAGGUUCCAGUCUCUGGGUACAGCUUUGUACAGAGGAGCCCAUUGCUGCAUGCUGGUGUUUGACGUCACAUCCACAGCUAGUUUCUCGGCCCUGGAGGAGUGGAGGAAGGAGUUUCUGAUCCAGGGCGAGCCUCAGGACCCAGCCGACUUCCCCUUCAUUGUACUGGGCAACAAGACUGACCUGAGCAACCGCGAGGUGUCUGGGAAGAAAGCUCUGCAGUGGUGCGAGGACAUCAGAGCAGAAUACUUUGAAGGAAGCGCCAAAGCGGAUCUAGAUGUGGAGAAGCCGUUCUUGAGAGCGGCUCAGAGCGGCUUACAGCAGUACAAAAAACACACAUUGGAAAAUACAGGACAUUUCCAGAUAACCUGCAAACAGCCGAGAGAAACUCGCAACGCCUGUGAGUGCUGAGGGCAGCGCUCGUCCCAGUGUGGGAGGGAAAGUUCAGAGAGACCUCGGCACUGCUGAUGAUGACCUAUCUAA